AUGCGCUUCGCGCCGGUCUUUGUAUUGAGGCUGGCCCAGUGUGGAGUGCCCUUCAAACGUGCGGAUGCACAAGUCUUGGAGGGAGAUCCUCAACAGGCUCUGAUCUUGCCACGAAUUGCGGAGAUUUUGAAAGAUCACCGUGGAAAGCUCAAGUUGCUGUUGAAAGGACACCAAGCUGAGGGAGAAGAACCAGGCACUGACCUGGAACGUAGCCUGGCCGUCUACCAAUGGUUGGUUGAGGUAGCUGGCUGUGCUCCAGGGCUUUUGCGCUUGAAGGGUUGCGGCUCCACCGCAGGGUUGGGGCAGUUGGUGGUGCCUGUGCCCAUCCAGGAGCUCGUGAUUCGUUCCGGUCCCAAGCCUGCGGAGAUGGAGGGCAUGAACUUCCCCAGCGGCCUUUACUUCGCCAAGGACAGCACAUCGCUCUUGCCGGAGAUUGAGGUGCUUCUGCCACCACUGGGAAAGGCCUUAGAGGAGCAUGCUGUGAGGUUGGAAGGGCAUGUAGAUCGAGAUGAGAAUCCCGACCUGGCAGGCCGACGGGCGGUCCGGGUCCGUGAGCUCCUCAUGGAACUGGGUGUCCCUCGGACCCAGAUGCGGCCGCAGAGCUGCAAGGCUUGUUUGCUUGUGCUGGGUCUUCCAAUGAAGACACUGUUCAUGAAAUCCCACAAAGGACUUUCAAACUACAUCACAUCGAUGAUAUUAUAUUCACGGCUCAAGGUGCAGUUUUGA